UGGUUCACUGUACGGAAGGGAAUAUAACGGGAGUAUUCACAUUAACAAUACCUGCAAUAAAGUUUAUCUCAGUGUUUGGGUGUGGGCUUGUGAGCGUUUCGGUUUAUGUGUGGAAUUGCGCGCGUCAUUAUAUCUGCGUAUAUAAUCAUCCUCGUACAUACAUACAUACAUAUAAAAUUCGGCAUCAACAAAAUCUCGAGUGAAUCCUUCGUGGGUCCUUUUUAACUAAAUAAAAGCGAGUCUUCCGUUGCAUCACCAAAAGUUGUUCACUGUUAUUUUUGUUGAGAAGUAAUUCGGUAGUUCUUCUUGCGUAUUUUGUUUUUGUACUCGUAUGCCUUUCAAUGCGAAUAAGGAAUACACAUACAGCGAUGGAUGAUAAGCGAACGAUUGGGAAAAUGAGUAAAAAGCGAAAAAUCGCGUUUAAUUAUGCAGAGGCCAAGUUGUGUAAGACCCGAGUGAGGCCGCCAGUUGCCAGCGAAACGGUGAACGACAUUGCGUUAUUCUUGUUGGUGGUACUUGCCAUCAUUGUCAUUGCGUCAACCAAAACAGAUGCUUCCAACUAAUUUGACACUGAAGGGCCUAAUUUCUCGCAUGAACCGCCAUCGUCUAUUGAAUUCACCAACAAGGCUGGCAGCAUUGCCGAUUGUAUAGCGCAUGGCAAUCCGCCACCGAAUUUCGAAUGGCUGGAUAAGGAUAAUAAUCCUAUCACCUGAAUAUCAAAGUACACUUGGAUACCAGUAGAAUGACAGCCUACCAUUGCAUGCGCUAGAAUAAAACAUUGGGGAAGGCCCUUCAAGAUUGCUCUAAACUCGAAACAAGAGCAGCACAACCGACGCACACAAUGCACAGUGCACAUAUAUGUACGUAAAUACAUAAGUGCUUAUACAUAAAGCGAAAUAAAUGCCACUAGAAAUCAAACACAAAAGCAGCAAAAUGACAAUAAAAGCAACAAUGACCUGCAGGAAGCAGUGACUGAGUCAGUUUCGAACAAAUUCAAUCAAUAACCACUUGAACCAAACUUCCGCCAUUGGUGGCUGCCUCGCCGGGUCGCUAGCUGGCUGUGUGGCCCGUGUUAUUUCGAUACUCUAGCAGCAACGAAGGAACGAAUGGAGAAGAGUAGAAGGAAGAGUGGACAGCCGGAGAAAGUAAAUAAAGCACGAAAGAAGUAGAAUCAAGGCAGGCGGGUGGGGCUCUCAGCUACCAACUCCAGACAAAUGAAGGGUGUUGUUGGUCAGGAAGAUUAACGGACGGUCAGACAAUAUAGCAACUUCGCAUUUUAUUUCAUGGCUUGGCGUCGAGUACAAUGCCGCAUCGAGCACAAUGUAAAGUCAACGCUCCAUGUGCAGCAAACGAUGGAGCAACAAAAACGCGCCAAGACGCUGAGGGUAUCUAUGCGUUCAUGUCUGGGACAUGGUUCGCUUUAUUUCCUACCAUUCCAAGCGGAAGAGUUCCGGCAAGAUGUUCAUUGGUCGGUAUACCAUUGUGUGGCAGUAAUGCUGUGGACACAAUCGUUUCCAGGGAUGUUGUUGUUAAAUCAGAAAUGCGUGAACUUGUGCCACCGAUUAUGAAUGAAAAGGCCACAAGUAUAGUGGCGCGUCUGGGCGAUCCUGUUGUUGUGCCAUAUGUGGCCUAUGCCAACCCGAAGCCAGUCUAUCGGUAA